AUGUGUCUAUUUUAUUCAAUAAAUUCAUUUCAAAAAUUAAAUUUAAAAAAUUAUCGUAAAUCUAAUUUGGAUAAUGAAAAAAUAUUUACAUGUAAUAUAUGUGCGUAUCAAUGUCGUCGUUCAAGAUAUCUCAGAAAUCACAUUAUAAUGCGUCACACAAAUGAUUUUAAUUUUCCAUGUACAAUUGAUUAUUGUACAAAAAAAUUUAAAACAAAAAGUCAAUUAAAUAAUCAUACUAGAUUAUAUCAUAAAAAUGAUUUAAUAUUAGUUUACAAGUGUAUUGAAUGUGGUGAAAAAUUUAAAAACAAAACAAAUUUUCUAAAACAUCAAAAAAUUCAUCCAAAACAAUAUGAAUGUGAUACAUGUGGAUAUAAAACUUCACGUAAAGAUUCAUUAAGAUCUCAUGUUCUUGCUAAACACACUGAUUUAUCUGGAUAUUCAUGUAAUUUUUGUGAUAAAAAAUUUCAACACAUUAAAUCUAUAAAAGCACAUAUUAAACAUGAGCAUACUCUUGCUUACGAGUGUACAAUUAAAGAUUGUAACAAAAAAUUUUCAACUCAAUUAAAUUUAGAUAAACAUUAUAAAUCACAUCCAGUUCAUUUAUUUAAAUGUGAUAAAUGUGAUUAUGUUAGUGGUCGUAAAUUAACACUUGAAAAACAUAUUACACGACAGCAUGAACAAAGUCAUCGUUACUCGUGCGAUAAAUGUAAAAAAGAAUUUAAACAUAAAGCUACUUAUGCUGAACAUAAAAAACGUAAUACUUGUAAGUCAUUGAAAGAAAAAAAAAAAUUAUCAAUUUGUGAUUAUUGUGGUAAAUGUUUAUCAAAUACAGGUAAUCUUAAUCGACAUAUGAAAGUUCAUUCUAAAAAUCUUUGAUGUUAAAUCCUUUUUUUUUUUUUUUUUUAACACAAUUCAUAUUGUAACUAAUAAAAUUUUAGUUAAUGAGAAAAACACAUGAAAUUAUUGAUAGAAUGUUUAUUUAUUUUUUUAAUAAUCCUUUUUAGUAAAUUUAAUUUUUUAAUUCACAACAGAAAUAUUAAGUCGAUCUUGUGGUGUAUCUUAUCGCAUAUGGUAGUUGAAAUUUUUUUAUUAAAAUAUUUGAUAUAUUAUUUGGGGAAUUAUAUGAAUGAAAGUAUAAUGACAUUUAUUAAUUUUG